AUGGCAUCGAUGAAGACAAAGCUGACUACGCUUCUCGGUACGAAGAUACCGAUUGUAUCAGCGCCGAUGUAUUAUGCAUCGACACCUGAAAUGGCAGCUGCAGCAACUGGCGCAGGUGCAUUCGGGUUCAUCGCAGCAGGAUUCACACCGUCAACGACUCUGAUCAAAGAAAUCCAAGCGGUGCGUUCAAUCCUCAACACACCCCCAGAAUCCCCGGUUCCCAUGGGCGUAGGACUCCUCGGGUGGAUCCUGGAUAUGACCGAAGAAUCCGACGAUCCACGGAUCCCAGCUGUCCUCGCUGAACGUCCUCAAGCCAUCUGGUUCGCGUUUGGCGUUGAUCUGGGGAAAUACGUGAAAAAGGUAAGAGCAUACGAUGAGAACAGGGAUCACAAGACGAUUAUAUUUGUCAUCGUGAAUAACAUCGACGAGGCCAAACGCGCUGUGGAGGAGUGGAAAGUCGAUGUCCUUGUUGUCCAAGGGAACGAAGCAGGUGGACACGGACGAGGCGAUGCACCUUUUCUACAAACUCUUCUCCCGUCAGUUUUAACCGCAAUCCCCGAUUCCGCAUCUCGCCCCGUCGUCCUAGCUGCGGGCGGUAUCUCUACCGGAACUCAAAUAGCCUCCUUCCUCACAAAACACGGCGCAGACGGCGUCGUCAUUGGUUCCCGCUUGCUCUGUACCCCAGAAUGUAUGUAUCCCGACCAAACGAAAGAGGUUCUCCUCAACUCCAAACUAUCGUGCACCAUCCGAAGUACUGUCUUUGACGAGGUUAACCGAACUGCGAUGUGGCCUGAGGGUAUCGACGGGAGAGCCAUUGUUAACGAUAUUGUCCAGGAUCAGAAGGAGGGGUUGUCGUUGGACGAGCGGCUCAAAAGGCAUGAUCAGAGUAAAGCCAAUGGUGACUCUGGCAGACUUGUUAUCUGGGCUGGGGAUGCCGUUGCCUCCAUAAACGAUAAAGAGAGCACCCAGAGCAUCAUCCAAAAACUCUACCAAGAAGCCGUCGCUGUGAUGGCUGAAAAGUGA